CUAGCUAGAUUUGAACGCAAAGCACUUCAAAAGAAAACAUGGGUUCAAACAAUAUGAUCAUAGGUUUUAUUGGUUUGGUCUUAUUAACUUGUUAUCUAAGUAAUGUAGAAGCUCAACUUCAAGUUGGGUUCUACCAGAGCACUUGUCCUCCAGCUGAGUUUAUUAUUGGGAAUGAAGUCUUCAAUGCUUUUCAGGCAAAUAAUGGUAUUGCUGCAGGUUUAGUGAGACUCCAUUUUCAUGAUUGUUUUGUUAGGGGUUGUGAGGGCUCGGUUCUCAUUGACUCGACUACAGGAAACACGGCUGAGAAAGAUUCCCCUGCAAAUUUCCCAAGUCUACGAGGUUUUGAAGUCGUGGACACUAUAAAAAACGCACUCGAAGCAGCAUGCCCUGGAGUGGUUUCUUGUGCUGAUAUACUUGCAUUUGCAGCAAGAGACAGUCUUCUAAUAACAGGAGGAAUAGGAUACGGUGUCCCAGCGGGGAGAAAAGAUGGCACGGUUUCAUUAGCCUCGGAAACAAUAGAUUUGCCCCCUCCAACAUUUAAUGUGGCUCAACUUGCUCAAAAUUUCGCCAACAAAGGACUGACACUAGAAGAAAUGGUGACACUGUCAGGCACUCAUACCAUUGGCCGGUCUCAUUGUACUUCGUUCCGUAACAGACUCUAUAGCUUCAAUGCAACUGUAAACCAAGAUCCAAGUGUAGACGCAACUUAUGCCGCCCAACUUAAGCUAAGUUGUCCACAAGCUAACAAUGAUCCUAAUCUAGUCGUACCAAUGAAUCCCGGUAGUCCAAACGUGGCCGAUGUGGGAUAUUUCGCUGAUGUUUUAAACAACCGUGGACUGUUUACAUCGGACCAGACGCUGUUGACAAACCAAUCUACACUUGCUCAGGUGAUCCAGAAUGCUCAGGACCCUUUUCUUUGGAGUAACAAGUUGAUAGCUGCAAUGGUGAAAAUGGGUAAAAUCGGUGUCUUGACUGGAAAUGGUGGUCAGAUACGAUUGAACUGUCGCGUACCGAAUUAAUUAUGCUCAACGAUGGGAAGAAGAUAUAUGGCAAGUGGCAACAGGCAGCACUAUGCUUGACUUAGCUGGUAGUGUCGAUUGUUGUUUGAGAACUUGUUAUCAGACUAUGUUCCCAUUUGUAGCAGCAAGGAACUUAUUAUUAUUAUCGCCUAAAUAAGUCGGCCUCAUUAAAAAUAAAUAAAUAAAAGUAUUAUUGGGUUAAACUGAUA